AAAUGCCCACUCCCUGUCAGACCUCAUCUAAUUUGACUGACAGAUGUCUCCGAUACGUCCCCUGACAGUAUGGCCGACGUCUUAACGCACGUGUUUAGUACGUUCAUUGCGAAAGGAGGCCAGGUAAACCAUGUGAGCGGUACUUUAUCGUCAACAUGCAGCGCCCUGGUGGUCGGCGAGAGCACCAUGAGCCGCUCUGUGCUUCUCCUCGCAGCUCUGAUCGCGGCCUCCCGGAGGGGCAUGAAGGUAGUGUUCUUCACCCGGACCCAGAUCCAGACCCUGCCCCUUUCCGUGACAAGCUGCCUCCCUAACCUCAGCCCCGAUAGCUUGAAGAUGAUCAAGUUCUGCUAUCCGCGGACGCUGGAGGAGCUACUCCUGCAGGUGGCCAGCCUCCACGAGCCCGAAAACACCUCGUCCACCGCCCCCUCCCUCAUCAUAGUCGACCGCCUCCAGAAUUUCCUCUGCGGUCCGGGAGGAGGAGGGGGCUUCCACCAGGGGGAGCAGUCGUGCGCGGCUCACCUCUCGGCCCUGCUGCUCGACACUACCGCGUUCCUCACGAAGGUCCUCGAGCGCCGGGCCCCUUGGCUGGCUCCCUGCCGCCUCCUCGCCUCCUUUCAGCCGGAGUGCGAGGUAGGGCCAGCUGACCCUGGCUCCUCUCACCCGAUGCUGGCGGUCCUCGAGGUCCUGGAUCGAUACUUCACGGCGCGGUGCGCUCUAGACCGGGAUGAGAGCUACGCGGCCGUUGCGGCUGGGCUGGAGGACGUGUGGCGAGUGGACCUAUCAGGGGCUGGGCCCAUGGACCCAUCAGACCGAGCAGACUGCACAUCACAGGAGUGGCAGCUCGUCGUCUUCACUAACGGAUCAAUGGAGUUUAGAUCAGUGUAGAAAGUGUGUGUGUGAGUGACUACAUUAUCUAUCCUCUUAAUGUUAUAGUAUGAAUAAUAUUUCAUCCUAUAGUUUAUUUUAUAUUUCUACUUAUUUUUGCUAAUAUGUCGUUAUUUAUUGUCACAGCAGUCAGUGUUAUGUUCUUGUUUCUUGGUCCACCUUAGACCUUGUGGUCACUUGUUCUGAUCUGACCUUGUUUUUCUGUUCUGGCUUAAUCGUAUUGUUCAGUACGACAACUACAAUGGCUGUAUAGCAUCAUCUUUAAUAUUGACAAAGGUUUUAAAAGGAAAAACAUAGAUGAAAACUUCAGAUUUUCAGUUGUACAGAUCACUUAAAAGAAACCUAAGUUUUAGGCAGGUGUAUUAGUUGUAUUUUAGUUUUUUUGUUUUUUUUAUUUAAAACUAUGUUUUGUUUAGAAUUAAUGUACAUUUUUGGUUUAAAUCUCAACCAUGGUAAUGAAGUAAACUUUUCCACAGGGUUGUCCAAGUUUAUACAGCCUGACUGAAACAACAUGUUAAGAGCACCGCAGCAAAGUAGAUUCACUUUUAGUUGUCACUCUUCGUGUUGUCUGCGGGUGUCUUUUCCGGAGUCCAUAUGAAUGCGGCUUCAAAACUCUCCUUGACCUUACGAUGUUUCCCAUCAAGGGAAAGUGGUUAGGAAAGGAGAUGGGGUGUGAUGUUUUGGACUUUUUGACCGUAACCAAACUAACAUGAACACAUCUAACAGAAGAAAAUAACUAGAUUAUUUACAGUGUGACUGCAACACUGGGCAACAAUCACGGACAUUGAUAUUCAGCAUUACAUUAAAAGGGUCCCUUCACUUA